CUAUAUUUAUGGCACAUCACUAGUCGAUGAGACUUCUUACUGCUCAAUGAAACCAUUUCAUUACUCCGCCGUUCUGGGACGAGAGAGAACGAUUCUUGUGCUUAUUUUGUGUUGGAUAAAUAUGUCGUCGCAAAAAGGAAGUACGCCGUACAAAGGCUCAAGGCGGUGCUUCGGUGAGUACCGAUGCACGCAAUGCAACCGCAUGUGGAUGAGCGGCAAUUCGUGGGCGAAUUACGGGCAAGAGUGCACCAACUGCAAGAUAAUGGUCAUGGCGCAUAAACAGAGGCCCCUGAAUAAGCCUGAUGGCCUAGACAAGAGUGACUUGGAGAAACCCCAUCCUCAACACCUUUGCGGGAAAUGCAAAGCUUUGGGGAGAUACUGCGGCAAAACGUCAUAUUACUAAGCUUUCAUGAAAGAAAGAAAGAAAGAAAGAAAGAAAAGAAAUUUAUUUUGCAACAAACACAAGUUACAUAAACAUAAGAUAAACAAGCGAAACAGACAAAAAAAAACUUAGAACUAUGUUUGUCACAAAAAAGGCACCAUGAUAGGUCUUUGCAUGGGUUUCGGCUGUGUAGCCGUCGCUCUAAUGUUCACUUUUACCGCCAAGCAACAUUGUACAGUCAGACACAUAAUUAGCUGAAUAUAAAACGUUUCCACAUUAACUUCAAUCAAAUUAUUUUUCUUUAUUUAAAAUAACGUAAACCAUCUAUUUUAUUAAAAAACGAUUGUUGAUAACAUUAAAAAAAAUCAGAGGUUUUUCAUUUUGAAUUUGUUCAGCUAAUUUUGCGGCUGACUGUACAUGUCAUGCUGUGUUUCUGUUUGAAGGAUGUUGUACCAGUUAUAAAGACUAUGAAAUUUAAUCAUUUCUCAUGUUAAAGCGAAUGUUAGACAUUAAAAUUAAACUAUUUUUCGGAUUUUAUCGCGGUUUAAAUAUUUUUGUUUUCUAGUUAUUGGUAGACCACCAACUAAAAUUUAAAAAGUUGUAUAAUUGUAAAAUGUAGGUAGAUAUUGUAACUUUGACUUUGCGGAUGACCAACACCUCAGUCUACCCGGGACCACGAAGGCUGUUACUUCCAAAACGUCGCGAGACAACUAAAAUAUUAAAACCGCGACAAAAUUCGAAAAAUAUUAAAUUUUAAUGACUACGAAAUUUAUCAUCUAACCUUUCGAGGUGACUGUUAUGCAUUAGGAGUUGACUUCAUUAUAUUCAUAAGGGUAGCAAUAAAAACUGUAAAUAAUAAUGUAUCGACUAUAUGAAAUACUUAUACAUAACUAUCUGUAUCUGAAUUGGCUAUAUGACAAUUUAAAUAUAAUCGCAUUGGGUGUAACUCCUGUAAGAUUAUAUUUAAUAAAUAAAUUAUUAUUAUAAAUCUUUAGACCCUAGUUUGGAGUAUUUAAGUCGAGAAGCUAGUAUAUUGUAAUUAAACAUGUUUGUAUUAAUAUAAUUCGGUGUUCAUAAAGGUUUAGUUAUUAAAUUAUCCGUGGUGCUGA